AUGGCAGAACUCCCGGAACGACUGGAUCGCUUGCGGUCCACCAUCGAAGAUUUGAUGCGCAUCGGCGGGACCCCAGGGCUCUCGCUCGCAGUCAUGUCGAGCGGAAACACUGUUUACGAGUCAAGUUUUGGCGUCCGAGACACAGCAGCUGGUCUACCCGUCACUGAGGAAACAAUAUUUCCCAUAUGUUCGUUGACAAAGGCUUUGACUGCCUCUGCGAUGGCGAUUCUUGUCGACGAGGGUAAACUCACCUGGGAUACACUAGUGAAGGACGUUCUUCCAUCCUUUGAUUCAAGCGACGAGACGCUGCAGAAUCACUUGACUAUCACGGACAUCCUAUCUCAUCGAUCAGGCAUGGCUUGGGCUGGUAAUGUGGUCCUCGGUACCGAGAACAACGUUCUCAUUCCAGGAAAGGAUGGACUGAAAUACAUCAAUUCACAGCCGCGGGUUCUUCCGUUCCGGACAGGAAUGUCCUAUAACAAUCUUCAAUAUAACCUUGCAGGUUAUGUCAUCGAGGAAGUCAGUGGCAUUUCGUGGUUUGAGUUUGUACAGAGCCGUAUUCUCGAUCCUCUCGGCUUGGAUCGAACCUACCUUAAAUCUCCACCUCCGGGCACCCAAAAUGUCACUCAGUGCUACAACGCACUUGAUGAUGGAUCCACUACUCCUAUUCCUUGCCCUAAGGGAGGCCAAGAUUGGUUUGGUGGACCAAGUGGUGGCGCGUGGUCCUGUAUCCGUGAUCUUUUGGAGUUAUACAAAACGUUCACCGCUAGCUUUGAAGAUCAAUUCAUCACCGGGAAGGGAGCGACCAAAGACUCUCCCUUCAAACAAGUUUCUCAUCUCACUUCCGCCAAAAUUCCUAUGGAUCCACCCUCGAGGAACGAGCUAUCAUACGCACUCGGAUGGGUCAGAGCCCAGCUUCCCAAUCGGCUAGGUCAUAUCGGAAUCAAUCCUGGUCUGAUGUCCAAUGGCAUGCCUACCGUUGGGAAAGGCGUUCCCUCACAGCUCAUUCUCUUCCACCAGGGCAGCCUACCUGGCGCCCUCGCAAUUGUGAUUCUACUUCCAGACACUGACAGUGUUAUUGUUGUACUGUCUAACUCUUUGGCCCUAAAUGAUGUUCCUGACUGGGUUGGCCAACUCAUCCUUGAAGAGCUGCUCGAGGUUCCAGAAUCAGAGAGAAAUGAUUACAUCGAAGCAGCCCACAUCUCGGUCGCUGAGAGCUUGAAGUGGUAUCCAGCACUGGUGGGAGAGCUAGGCUCGGCUCGAAAGAACGGAACAUCACCUAGAGCACUAGAGGAGUAUGUCGGUACUUACUGGGAUAAUAUCAAUGUGUUCAAGAUUGUUGUGAAUUUGGUGGACAACAAGCUUUACUGGAGGCUGCAAGGGCUGGAGUCAGAAAAGUUCCAACUUGAACACUAUGAAGAUGACACCUUCACUUGGUUACUUCCACGGAAUGAGUUAUCUAGACGUGGCCGCUGGGUGGGCUGGGACCAAGCGGCACCUUUCUGGAAAGCCGUGUUUGAAUGCAACGACAAUGGGCGCAUUGACAAGUUGGUUUGGGAACACGAUACCGGUGUCCCGCCAAUGCAGUUGACGAAGGAGGAAAGCACUAAGCUAUGA